CCGACUUCGUUAAUUGAACUAAACACUUCGUGGCAUAAAAUUGUUGAAUAAUUAAUUAUUUCAACUGUGUUUUUUUAUAAUAUAUUGGGUUCGAAAUCCCCCAUAUAAGUUUCGAUUUUUGUGAUACAAGUGUAUUUUAUUGUGAUACUACGAAGUGAAAAUGUCCAAAGUUGCAUACGGUAUUUUCGUAGUUGCGUUCGUCAUUCAUUGUGCAACAGCAAAAGGGCUUCCAUCGUUUUUAAAACUGUGCAAAAGAAAAGAUCCCAAUUUACACAACUGCAUUAUCGAGAAUGUCGAAUUAUUACGACCGAAACUGAAGCAGGGUGUACCUGAAUUAUUUAUUCCGCCCCUGGACCCUCUCGUCAUCCCGGAGGCUACGCUUAACAGUGGCGCACAAUUUAAGGCUACAUUUAAGGAUAUUCAGAUGUACAACACAGACAACUUCGACUUGAAAUCCUUUGACGUCGAUCUGGACAAGCACCACAUCAACGUAAAAAUUCUGUUCCCACUGCUAAGGAUCAAAUCGAUCUACAAUAUUAACGGAAGGCUUUUGGUGCUGAAUUUGGAUGGUAAAGGGCCUGCUGAUGGAAACUAUACUAAUGUAGAAGCUUCCUUGGCACUUAAGGGUACCCCGUUCCAUAAGAACAACAAGGAGUACGUCUCUUGGGAAAAGGAGAAGAUCGACAUUAAUAUUGGUAAAAUUAAUCUAUUGUUCGAGCGACUUUUUGGUGAUAAUAAAGAGCUUAAUGAGCGCACAAAUAAAGUUAUCAAUGAAAAUAUCGAUACUAUCAUUGGCGAGUUACAACCUGUAAUCCAGCAAGUCGUUAGCGAUUUCGUUUUUAAUCUGGUUAAUCGGAUAUUUGCUAAGUAUGCUCUAAGCGAACUGUUCCUAUAAAAGAUAUGUGAUAUGAUAAAGUUUUAUAUAUAUGAAUUUUUUUUACUGUUUGUUUUUUAAUAAAUUGGAUUAGUACCA